AUGGAAUUUAACAUAUUAGGUCAAUUUGACAUUAAUUUGUUUGAAGCUUUAUCUGAUUCCUCCUCUUAUGAAGAAGAUGAUAUUCGUAUAAUACGUGAAAAACGAUACGUGCAAGAUGCAAUUGAUCCGUUUACUGCUUAUCGUGAACAUGAAUUUCACAUAAGAUAUAGAUUUUCAAAAGAGUGUGUUAUGUAUGGAUUAUUACCUCUGGUCAGAGAUGGUUUAACAAAGCCUGAUAUGCGAGGUCUUCCUAUUGAACCAAAAGUGAAUGGCAAUCUCAUAGAAUUACCGCAACCAACAAUUAGCAGAAUUAUAUUUCGAGUAACUGCUAUAUUAGCAUCUUAUCUAAAUACUUAUGUCAAAUUUGUAACAAACUCAGCAGCUAUACAAGAAAAUCGAAGACUGUUUAAAGAAUUAGGAUAUGGACAUGGAGCUAUUGGACUUCCUUGUAUUGACGCAGCAAUAGAUUGCACUCAUAUAAGACUAUUAAGUAAUAACUUUGGAGGAGUAGGCGAGAUCUAUAGAAAUAGGAAGGGAUAUUUUUCCUUAAAUGCUAUUGUAAGACCACGAAUGGAAUUUUUGGACCUAGUUCCAGAAUGGCCAGAAAGCCAACACGAUAGUAGGAUUUUACAAAAUUCUCGAGUUUUUAUACGGUAUCAACAAUGUGAACUAACAGGAAUGAGGUUGGAGAUUCUGGAUAAUGAAAUUCAAUCAAGAACACGAAUGGUCGUUGAAAGAACAUUUGGAGUAUGGAAGAGACGGUUUCCUUGUUUAUCGAGAGGAUUAUCUUUAAAACUUGUAACCUGUACUGGUGUCGUAUCAGCUUGUGCAGUUUUACAUAAUUUAUUAUUAUAUUAUAAAGAUGUUCUUUCAGAGGAAACAGAACCUAAUGCAAUAAUUGAAAAUAAUGAGGAACUCUAUUACAACGAACCUCAUUGGCAGCCUGGAGAUGGUUAUAUUGUUAGGCAAAAGUAG